AUGCGUUUGACAUUAUAUUGUGUCGGAAUACUUCUGUUGACGAUUUGCUGUUGGCAAUGUAUGGCAAGACCUAAACACGACAAAGUAUCAUCAAAAGAUGAAUCAAAUUCCAAAGAACAUUCCCAUUCCGAAGAGCAUGACCAUUCGAAGGAACGUGGACAUUCCCAUUCGGAAGAGCACGAUCAUUCGAAGGAACGUGGACAUUCCCAUUCGGAAGAGCACGACCAUUCGAAGGAACGUGGACAUUCCCAUUCGGAAGAGCACGAGCACUCCAAGGAACGUGAACAUUCCCAUUCGAAAGAGCACGAUCAUUCCAAGGAACGUGAACAUUCCCAUUCGGAAGAGCACGACCAUUCACACUCUGGAGAACAUGAUCAUUCUAAAGAAAAAGAACCACCAAAAAAGAAAAAUAAAAAGUGCAUGAAUGGAAAAAUUAGCAAACAAGAGACUGAUAUCGACUGUGGAGGUAAGCAUUGUCCACCAUGUGCUGAUAAGAAGAAGUGUCGGGCUGAUCGUGAUUGUGCAAGCGGAUUCUGCAAUAAGGAUAACAGAUGUGCUCAAAGAUCAACAAAAAUGCCAUCGGUUACAACAACUACUCAAGGAACAACAACAACGACCGAGGAACCAAUGACGACAACUGAAGAACCCAUGACGACAACUACUGAAGAACCAAUGACGUCAACCACUGAAGAACCCAUGACGACAACUGAAGAAUCCAUGACGACAACUACUGAAGAACCAAUAACGACAACUGAAGAAUCAAUGACAACAACUACUGAAGAACCAAUAACGACAACUGAAGAACCAAUGACAACAACUACUGAAGAACCAAUGAUGACAACUGAAGAACCGAUGUCGACAACACCUGAAGAAUUACUUGGAGCAAUCGUGGAGGAAACAACACAAGCAUAUCCUGUUUGCAAUCCUGGAUGUGAAAAUGGCGGCAGUUGCAUUGGCGACAAUGUUUGUCAUUGUCCAGAAGGCUUUAGUGGUUCAUUAUGUGAAGUUCAAUCAACUGGUUUAUGCUUUGAUAACGACGAAUUUGUUGGAGAACCAAUUCUAAAAGUCACAUUUGGAAAGGGUUCACGUCAGUUUUCUUCUGCCUUACCUUCUGAAUUCAAUUUUACUACAACAUACAAACAACGACGAGAACCAGCCAUACAUGAUGGUUACUUUGCUUUGCUCAACUCCAUUUACAACCAUAAUGAUGCUUGGCAUACUGGCGCAAAAGAUCAUACAGGAGACGAAGGUGGAUACAUGUAUUUAGUCAAUGCAAACUUUGAACCAGGCCAAUUUUACAAUGGUAGAGUCGACAAUUUAUGCGUCGGUCUGCGUUACGAAUUUUCGGUUUACUUGGCUAAUCUCUGUAAAAAAUCAGGCAAAAUCGAACCAAACGUUCUCUUCGAAGUUCGUUCCGUCCACGGAAAUGAAUUACUUGCUCAAUUGAAUUCAGGCAAUGUUCCUGAAACCAGUACAUUGGCUUGGAAGAAGUACGGUUUUUCGUUCGUCGCAACGGAAAGCUCAGUAAAUCUCUUAAUGCUUUCAAAUACACGUGGCGGUACCGGCAAUGACCUCGUCAUCGACGAUAUUGCAUUACGUGUCUGCGCUCACAAAGGUUCAGGAAUUCCAUUGAUUGAUCAAACCUACUUUUUAGCUGAUUGUACCAUGAGGCGUUGUAUCAAUCGACUGACUUUCUUUUUUAUUCAGUCCAGUGGAAGAAAACGAUGGAGAUCACGAUGGCUAAUGAUACUUGGUACUAUUAUCUGUACUGUAUUCUAUUUUCAAAUUCCAGUUAAUGAUACUAAGCUGAUGCAAAAUCAUUUUCCCAACAAGAGCACCAUAGCAACACGGAAUCACACUACACCGGAAGCUGUAUUUGUUGAGAUUCAAAACAUCUUCGAUAAUCAAAUAUUACAUAGAAAUAACAAACAUCUCACACAAUUUUCUGGUCAAUAUAGAGAAAUAUCAUCCAUAUCAGCGACGAAUUACAGUAUUCAUGAAUACAUGCUCGAAGAAAUCUUGUUCCUUAUUACUACACAUGCAAGACGGAUUCUCACAACGAUACAUUUUCUAAAGUUUUGGGCGACUCGUCCCGGUAUCAAUUGUCUUAUCGUUUUCCACGAAACGGAUUUUAUGAACUAUACCAAUAUCACCGACUUUCUUCUUCAACAAGGAGUUCUUUGUGAGAUACAAACAUCGCCAGUGGAACGUUAUGAACAAAGAUACUUUGAAUUAUUCUAUAACGGUUGGAAAAAACAGGAAAGUGAUAGUCAUCAGAAUGAACGGAGGAAGAUACAAUGGUUUGCUGUGGGCGAUGAUGAUACAAUUUGGUUUGUGAACAAUCUUCUGCAUGUUCUUCGCCAAUAUAACUCUUCAGACGCAAUCUAUUUGGGAAACACGUCUACUAAAAAGUUUAUACUUAAACGACAUGGCGCGUUCUUCGGCUAUGGUGGUGCGGGUAUUGUUUUCAGUCGGUCGUUAGCGUUAUCAUAUGUACAGCAUCGCCAACAAUGUGAACGAUUCUACGCUUCAUUCGGUGGGGAUGAAAUGAUCGGUAAAUGUGUUGUUGAAGAGUUAAGAGUGAAUCUAACGAGAGAACACCAUUUCCACCAGAUGGAUCACUAUGGAAACAUGCUUGGUAUGCUGGAAAGUGGAAUGGAUGGGUUAGUCACUUUGCACCAUAUGUCUAGUCAUUGGAAACCGUAUCCUACUUUAAACAUGAACAACACAGAAGAAGCAGUGCAUCGUUUAAAUACUGCCUAUUCUACCUUCGACAAAUCCUUUCUAAAAAGAUAUUUUUAUGUUAAUCAUGACACGAAUCAAAGCGUGCUGUUAACUAUGGGCCAUUCAGUUAGUGUACUCAAUCGCAUCCUAACUACUGAAGAUUUAUCCAUGGUGGAAAGAACAUGGUGCUGUGAUGAGAUGAUUGAUCGAAGAUUUCGGGCAGAAGAAACAAAUAAGACGACUUGGUAUUUUCAACAACUUAUCAAUGAGACCUGUAUCGACGGUAUCAGAUAUGAAAUGAUUUACGAAAGAACAGUUGGUAGUUAUGACCAAUAUUCCAGUAUUAAAGUUACUUUCUCACUCUUAACGUCACCUAACUGA